AUGGCGCAGUCGGCGAGCUUCGCCGGCCGGUCGGCGAGCUCGCCCUCUCCCAGGGUCAUCGUCGGAAGGGACUUCAGGACCUUCUUCUUCAGGCCCUUGUUGGCGGCCUCCGGAACCGCCGGCUCCGGCGACCGGCCGCCGCAAAUGCGGCGGAUCCAGGUGCAGCGGGAGACGAUGACGAGGCCGAGGACGCAGAUGAGGGCGCAGAGGAAGGCCGCAAGGAUCACCACGAAGUCGGAGUUGAGGGUCUCCACGGCGGCCGGCGCCUUCUUCAACCCAGGCGGCGGCGGUGCGGCCGUCGGCGAAGGCGAGGCUACGCCGGCCAGGUGGCGCGAACGGGCAGUCAUGUGUGAAGUGAGAGAAAAAAUGAAAAUGUGGUCAAAGAGCUUUGAGGAAGGGAAGUUGAGUAAGGUUAGGAAUGGGAAUGACAUUUUGUGUUUGGAUAGUCUUUUAAGCAGUGUGAGAGGAGAGAGAAAAAUGGGAGAGAAUAUUUAUUUUAGUUUUGUUCAACUAACAUUUGAAAAGUCGCUGACUGCGAAUACGAUGAUGUGGGGGUUGGCUUUGCCUAUAUUGGCUGGCAGGUGUUCAGAUACGGGAUUUUGUGCUGCACUUCGGAGAUACUCCAUACCAUUUAUCUUCUUAAAAGUGGGUAGUGGAAUGUUUGGUGUAGAAUUCAUCAAGAUGUAUAGCUUUUGGGGUUUUUUCCCGAGUCUCCUAGACCAGUUUCCCAUAGUCAUUACUCGAAACUAA